AUGGGCUACAAACUCCACGAACCCAAGGAAUGCAUCGAUAUUCCCCAAGUGCAACGUGCAAUUGUAUGCCUGCCAAAUGGCCAGCUGGGCCACGUCCGCGACGCGCCCAUCCCCCGCCUGGCCCCGGACAUGGUGCUGGUGCGCACGGCCGCGGUUGCGCUGAACCCGACUGACCACAAAAUGGUCGCGAAUUUCCCGACUCCGGGCGCGGUCUCUGGGUGUGAUUUCGCUGGCACAGUAGUUGCCGUGGGAUCUGCCGCGACCGAGCGGUUCAAGGUUGGGGAUCGCGUAUGCGGUGGAGUGCAUGGGGCGAACCCACUCGACCCUGCUGUCGGAGCCUUUGCCGAGUACGUCGGAGCCACCGCGGACAUUCUGGCGGCCAUUCCUCCGGAUUUAUCAUUUACAGAUGCGGCUGCUAUCGGGGGCGCGGGUCCGGCGACAAUGGCUUUGGCCCUCCGGGACGAGCUGGGGCUGUCGAUCGAUGCAUCCUCCGAGCGAAAGGAGGAGUUUGUGCUGGUCUAUGGAGGAACUACCGCCACGGGGACGAUGGCUUUGCAGUUUCUACACAGAGCUGGUUAUCGCGCCAUCGCAACUUGUUCGCCCAAGAAUGCGGAUCUAGUCCGCUCCUACGGUGCCGAGGCCGUCUUCGACUACCACUCCGAACAGUGCGCCGAAGAGAUUCGGAGCUACACCAAGAACACACUCCGGUACGUUCUGGACUGUAUCACCGAGCCGGCCACCGUCGAUCUCUGCCUAAGGAGUAUCGGCCGCGCGGGCGGCAAGUACUGCGGGCUCGAGGCGUUUGCCGAUGAGUUGCGGUCGCGUAAGGCUGUGUCCAUGGAAUGGGUGCUGGCGCUGAGCAUCUUCGGCAAGCGGAUCGCACUCGAUAGGGGCUACGGCCGGGAGGCGGACCCCAAACAUCGAGCGUUGGGUCGGGAGAUGUUUGAGGAAGUGGAGCGGAUGCUGCAGCAUAAAGAGCUGAGAGCCCAUCCGGUCCGUGUGAUGAAGGAGGGCUGGGAAGAUAUUCCUCAGGGAUUGGCUUUGCUCAAAGCCAAGCAGGUCUCGGGGGAGAAGUUGGUGUAUAUUGUUGAUCAGCGUCAGACGGGUCUAUAG